AUGACGUCUAACACUCCUUAUGAAGACAUCAUACGCACCCGACUCACGGAAGAGCUCAAACCUACCCGCCUUGAUAUAUACAAUGAUUCAUCUAAACACUCACAUCACCAAGCUAUGGCCGGUUCCACAUCUCAGGAAACCCAUUUUCGAGUCGACAUCACCUCGGAAGCGUUUGCCAAAAAGAUGCAACCUGCGAGACACAGAAUGGUGUACGCCCUUUUGAAAGAGGAGAUGGCGAAGGAGGGGGGCAUUCAUGCUUUGCAGUUAAAGACGAGGACACCGGAGGAGGAGGCACGACAAAAGGCAGAAGAAAAUCAGGGUGGAGAGGUUAUUGCUGAAGCAAGUGGUCCUUAG